CAAUACACAGAUCCCUACCCUACCUCGUGAAUGGCACGUUGCCCGAGCUGUCCCUGCCCAUCCUUCAGUCGCGAUAGCUUGCAUCCAUCCUGCGUUCACAUUCCCUAUUAGCUAUGUGAGGUCUUUCACCUGCAGAAUGACGGGCAAUUCACUGCGGGCGUGGCUACAGUAUCUUCGCAUUGACAAGUACCACGACCAGCUCGCGCGGGCCGGCCACGAUGCCCGCUCGGUGGCGCAGCUGGAUGACUCGGCGCUGGCAGCCCUGGGCCUGCCGCUGGGUCCGCGCAAGAAGAUCCGCCUGAACGCGGGUCUCAUCCUGCAAAGCUGCGAGUCCUCAGCCGCCACCUCCGGUCCCAGCGCUGCACGAACGCCCAGUCAGCAGCAGCCGGCCGACCCCGCUGCAGCUGCUGGCUGCUUGCACACCGGCCAGCCGCCACAGCAGCAGCAGUCAGGCCUUGGAACAGCAGGAUCAGCCGGCGGGCAGGCCGCGCCGCUGGCGUGUGAGCUGUGGAUGGGCGCCCUGAUGGCGCCACGACCAGCGCCGCCCGCGCCUGCUGUUGGCGGGCCCCGCCCGCAGUCUGGGCCCAUCUACGGGCACGGCCACCCACCGCCCACCCAUCCGCCCAACCAGCACCAGCACCUGCAGCAGCACCUGCACCAACACGGUCAACAACCACAGCAAUGUGGCCAUCAGAGACAGGGGCAUGUGCCCAUACCCGCAGCAGCAGCCGGUGCACAAACAGCAGCGCCGGCGGCACAUGCACGCCCGCAGGGUCAUGCGCAGGCACAGACCAGCAGCUGGAGCCAGCCGCACCCACACGAACAGCAACCGCACCAGCCCCAGCAGCAGCAGCAGCAGCAGCAGCAGCAGCAGCACCAUCAGCAGCAGCAGCCGACCGCAAGCUGCCUACCACUUACUAGCAGCAGCAUGCCAGGGGUUGUGCGUCCCCAUAGCGGCGGGUCCAGCCGCUCAAGGCCAGGACCGGGCUCAGCAUCCCAGCCGGGUGUUCAGGCCGGCCCUGCGCAACCCAGCGACUCCUGGACCUCGCGGCCUCCCUCUCCGAACCCGACUGCGCCACAAGCGGCAGCGGUUGCGGCAGCGGUAGCGGCACCCACGUGGGAGGUCGGUGCUUCAGUCCGGCCGGGCCCACGAGGUGACCCGCUGUCGAGGGUUCACGCGCCGCCGCCACCUUCCAGGUCAGCAAGCCCCAGCACAUCAGCCGGGCGCAGCGCCCCCGCAUCACCACCGCCGCAACCGGCCGCAGCAGCAAGCGCCAACGGGUUUGGCCGCUACGGUGUGACUGAGGCUCAGAGACCAGCGAGCUCAGGGACGGCGGCCGCCACCGCCGCGUCGGCAGGAGCAGAGGGGGCCCCGUCACCGCCGCCACCGCCAUCUGCGCUGGUGCUGGCGGAACAGCGGGCGCUCACAGAGCUCUACUCCUACCCCUACCGCAGCAGCGCGGGCGCGCACGGCCGCCGGCAGCCCGGGCUCCAUGGCAGGCCGGGGCAAGGACACGUGCGUGGGGCGAUACCGCCGCGGGAAGCGCCGCGGCCGGCGCGCCCGCCCGCGCUGCUGCCUGCUGGCAGGGCGCUGCCGGUGCUGAAGCGGUCUCGGUCCUGGGACGGCUCCUGCCUCGUGCGCACAGGUGCACCCGCGCAGUCUGCGGUGAGCGGGGGCGCGGCUAGGCCGGAGCCUGGGGCCUCAGGGCAGCUGCCUGAGGGCCAGGACCUGUACGCGGCCGCGGCCUCGGCGGGCCCAGUGGAGGUUGACUUCGGCCCGCUGAAGAUGGAGGCGGCGGAGGCGGCCGUGGCGGCGCGGCAGCGGCGGCAGCAGGUGCAGGAGCAGCGGCAGCAGCAGGAGCAGGCGGAGCGACUGCUGCACGUGGUACUGGAGGGCGUGGCCGGCCGAGCCGUGGCAGGCGGCGCGCUGCAGGCACCCGCACGACAGGCAUUGGCGUCAGCUGGUGCAGGUGCAGGCUGCAGUGCGGCUAGUGGCGCUGGCCGGCCGCGGCAGGCACAGGCAACCGGCGCCGGAACGGGCGCGACCGCUGCUGCUACGCCUGGUGCUGCUACAGCCGUGGCAGCAGCGGCAGCAGCAUCCUCGCUUCUGGAUGAUCCGCGUAAUUUUGAAACGCCGGAGCUGCUGGCGCUGCUCUUGCAAGAGGACCGUGCCGCCGCAGAGGCGGCCGACGCAGCGGCGGCGGCAGCCCUGGCGGCGGCGGAGGAAGCGGAGGCGGCGAGUGAGCAGGCCGGCGAGGCCGGCGGCGCCGCUGGCGCACAGCCGACGCGGGAGCAGCGGCAGGCGCGGUUGCGGGCCCUGCGGGAGGAGGUGGCGGCGACGGAGCGGCUGCUGGAUACGCUGAGGGCCAUGGUUGCGGAGGAGGAGCGCGCGCUCGGAGCCGAGACGGGUGGCCCCGGUGGCCAGGGCGGCGGGCGUGCAGGGGGCGCGGGAAGCGGAGUAGGCGCAGGUGCGGGCAGAAGCGCAGGGGUGGCGGCUGGAGGUGAGCUGCUUCGGGUGGACGCCGGCCGCGGCUGGUCCGGGUCGACGCCGGCGUUUGAUGCCGGUACUGAGGCGCAGCUGUGGCAGGAGGAUGCGCCCACGCAGGUGUGGGGUGUGGGUGAGGACAUGUUGCUCACUGAGCGACUGGGCCUACUGGCCGACUGAGAGGCGAGCUGGUCACACGGGGCCUGUGCAGAAGAUCUGCUCGCGCUUCGGAGUACAUGUUAUUGGCUGUUGUAAACUAUAUGCAUGCGUGAGGUGAUACGUACUGGUCAUGGCAUAGACGUAUUGACAGACAGGUGUAUGAUUUGCAGGAGUGUAGGUGUGUUGGUGGAAUUGCACAGAUAGGCUCAUGGUCAGCGUCGAACAUGUGUGCGCUCAUGACGGCGGCAGAUCACGGUGGCAAGCAAUGGAGGUUGGAGGCCCUCGU